GGAGGGGUGUGGCGGAGCGAGCCCCUGGAGGAAAGGAGAAGGCGCUGUGGCUCGGCGAGAGGAAGUGCGCGAGGCUUUGACUCUCGCUGCGCGCUUGCUCGUGGAUGGGGCAGCCAGGUGAGCCCGAGAUGCUGGGGCUCUGGAAGGCGGGGCUGCCGCUGCUGCUGCUCCUGGGGCCGCUGGGCGCCUUCUCCCCCGGCGCCCUGGCGGGACCCGCGCAAACCGAGGACACCGUGGAGCUGGACUUUUCCACGGAGCGGCCGGUGCACCUGGUGAGCCCCUCGUUCCUGUCCUUCACCAUCGACGCCAACCUGGCUACAGACCCUCGGUUCCUCACCUUCCUGGGUUCUCCAAAGCUUCGUACUUUGGCCAGAGGUUUGUCUCCUGCAUAUCUGAGAUUUGGUGGCACCAAGACAGACUUUCUAAUUUUUGAUCCCAAGAAGCAACCAAGCUUUGAAGAAAGAAGUUACUGGCGAUCUCAAUUCAACCAGGAUAUUUGCAAAUCUGGAUUCGUCCCUUCUGAUGUGGAGAAGAGGUUACAGUCGGAAUGGCCAUUCCAGGAGCAAGUGAUACUUAGAGAACAGCAUGAGAAAAAGUUUAAGAGCAGCACCUACUCAAGGAGCUCAGUGGAUAUACUGUAUACUUUUGCACAUUGCUCUGGACUGGACUUGAUCUUUGGUCUAAAUGCCUUACUCCGAACAGCAGAUUUGCGGUGGAACAGUUCCAAUGCUCAGUUGCUCCUGGACUACUGUUCUUCUAUGAGUUAUAAUAUUUCUUGGGAACUAGGCAAUGAACCUAACAGCUUCCAUAAGAAAGCUGGUAUUUUCAUCGAUGGAUUGCAGUUAGGAGAAGAUUUUAUUGAGUUGCAUGAGCUUCUAGGAAAUUCCACUUUCAAAAAUGCAAAACUUUAUGGUCCUGAUGUUGGCCAGCCCCGAGGAAAGACUGUUAAGAUGCUAAGGAGUUUCCUGAAAGCUGGAGGAGGAGUGAUUGAUUCAGUUACAUGGCAUCACUACUACUUGAAUGGACGAAUCGCCACCAAAGAAGAUUUUCUAAACCCUGAUGUGUUGGACACUUUUAUUUCACCCGUACAAAAAAUUUUCCAGGUUGUUAAGAAGACCAGACCCCACAAGAAGGUUUGGCUGGGAGAAACAAGCUCUGCUUAUGGGGGCGGAGCACCCUUGCUGUCCAACACCUUUGCAGCUGGUUUUAUGUGGCUGGACAAAUUGGGCCUUUCGGCCAGAAUGGGCAUCGAAGUGGUGAUGAGGCAAGUGUUCUUUGGAGCAGGAGACUACCACUUAGUGGAUGAGAACUUUGAACCUUUACCUGAUUAUUGGCUCUCUCUUCUGUUCAAGAAACUGGUGGGCACCAAUGUAUUAAUGGCAAGUGUGAAAGGUCCAGACAGAAGCAAACUUCGAGUAUACCUUCAUUGCACAAACAUCAAUCACCCAAGGUAUAAAGAAGGAGAUUUAACUCUGUAUGCAUUAAACCUCCAUAAUGUCACCAAGUACUUGCAGUUACCAUAUUAUUUAUUUGACAAACAAGUGGACAGAUACGUUGUAAAACCUUCAGGACCUGAUGGAUUAUUUUCCAAAUCUGUCCAACUCAAUGGUCAAACUCUGAAGAUGGUGGAUGAUCAAACCCUGCCAGCUUUGACAGAAACCCCUCUCCACCCAGGAAGCUCCCUGGGCUUGCCAGCUUUCUCAUAUGGAUUUUUUGUGAUAAGACAUGCCAAAGCUGCUGCUUGCAUCUGAAAAUGAAAGGCAUACACUAGCCCCGAGAUUGAAUUUUUCAAGUGUAUUGAUAAGAGGAAAGCAAAACUCAAGCUACAUGAAGGCAAGCGGAUACAUUACAAAUCAACUAUAGGGAGUUUGGACACUCAGGGCUACACUUAGCACAGUAUUUUGUUCCCUCUAACUAGACCACUGCUAAUAAGAAUACCUUGUGCCAACCACUGCUUGUACUUUGCAUGUAUAUUUUUAUUUAAGUUAGUAAAAAUGUAUAUGAAUGUUCCCAGUAUAGCCAGGAUGCAAGUAAGUGAAGGAUAUAGUACUAGUUUUAAGAAACUGCUUAGCUGUUUUUAGUUUUAAAAAACAGUUAUUAACAGAUUAUCAGAUUCUUUCCUCCAUAUGCUGUCUCUAUGGGCUCCCAUCAGAAAGUUUACUACUGGAGCCUUCAAAUUGUUUAUAAAAGAGAGACAAUCUCUUUGCACCUUAACAGAGAGCUAGAUUCAGCUGCUGCUUCUCUUCUCUCUAUUCUGUUUGUCAACAAUACUAUGUCAGAGGACAGAUGGUUAGAUGUGAUAGUAUUAAAAAAAAAGAUUAAUGACAAUUCACAGGGAAGGAAUUAUGGAAACUUUGAAUGAAACAUAAAAUGACUAUAACUGAAAUUGACUUACCAAAAGGAAAAAAAUUUAAUUCAAUACAUUAUCACCAGUUAAUGUUUACUUUUGUUCUACAUUUAGUUCUUAUUUUAUUUCGGGAAGCCUUUGGCUGCAAAUAACAGAAAACCUUGAUUCCAAUGGCUUAAACAAUAAGGAUAUUUAUAAUACCAAGUAACGGGAAGUUCAAACAGGGUGGGCUCCACAGCUCGAUAUAUCACAAAAGAGCCAGGUUCUUUCUCUGCUCUACUAUCUUUAGUGUUGGCUUCAUUCUCAAGCUGGUGACAUGAUGGCUGUAGCUAUUCCAUGUACACGUUCAGACCUGGCAGCACUCAGAGAAAAAAGGUGAACAAUUUUUAUGUAUCUCCAUCAUAGACUUGAAGAACCCUUUCGCAGAAGCUCUCCAGUAAACCUCUCCUUGCGUCUCCUCAUGUCUUAUUGGUUAGAAAUAGGUCACAUGGCCAUUCUCCCUGUCACUGCCAAUGUCAUUGAGAUUUCUAUCAUUGUCUGCCAAUUAUCUUUUGGAAUGGAGAGAGUGUUAGGAAGUCUAUGGCACUGACUUCUACAGUUGUGUGCUUUUAUCAGUGACAGGAUAUAUUAUUUUCUCCUGUAUUUUAAUUUUUAGAAAUAUAAUCUUCUUUAUAUUUAUGCCUACUAUGAAUAUUGUCUCAAUUAAACUUAAUUAAUUUGUAAGAUUCUAAAGCUGGAACUUAAAGUUUGGAUGUUUGAAUACCUUUAAAUUUUAUAUGUAAGUGGUUUUUAUAUUUUCUCAUUUGAAAUAAAAGCAAUUUUUAUAACUUCAA